CUGAAGAGAGCUUUAAAACUUCUUCAUUUGUUUGUGAAUCACAGGUUCUUUGAUACACUCAUAACUCUGGUUGUCUUGGCCAAUCUCCUGUAUCUCAUUAUCUACAUCAUAGUCCAUGUGGACCGUUGUAAUGCUCAAAACAAUGCAAUGACUCUAGAGGACUUCAGAAAAUUAGACAUCAACCAGUACUUCUGUUCAGCAAGGCUAGGAAUAGCUGGUUCAUUUAUUUUUAACUUUAUUUAUUUAAUUGAAGUGAAUUUAAAGCUAUUUCUUAAUGGACCAGUGAAAUACUUUAGAAAAUGGGCAAACUGGGUUGAUUAUAUUCUUGUGGUUGGUUGUUUUAUCUCCCUAUGCAUUGAGAUAGGACUCGUUCAAAAUGAUGCUGGCAAUUCAAAUUUUAGAUACAUAGCUAUGAUACGCCCACUCAAAUUAUUAAGAUUGCUUCGUUUAAAAAAGAACUAUUUCUUUUUGAUCCGCAUACUAAUAGUACUUUCAGCAAGAAUGGCAAGUGUCUUUAUCCUUUUAAUGAUUGUGUUCUACUCAUUCUCAAUUAUUGGCAUGGAAGUUUUCACUGGUAGAAAUAAUACUGUCUAUCCAGGUUGCUGCAAAAAUGCAGAAUUCGGUGUUGGUGAGUAUUAUGAAAAUAACGGUUCAAGGCCUGAUGAUGCUCACUUGUACUGGCUCAACAAUUUCACAACACUUUACAGCAGCUAUGUGACACUAUAUGAAGAGAUGGUUGUUAAUAAUUGGUUCAUUCAAAUGGAAGGAUUUGUAUCGACUACUAGUGAAGCAGCCAGACUGUAUUUCAUUUUAUUCUGGAUGAUAAGCACACUUGUUGUCAAUAUUGCCAUAGUCUACAUUGUUGAUGCUUUUGAAUCUGGUAUAUUAGCAUUGAAGGCUAGUAAAAAAAAUGAAGAAAUACCAUCAGGAGAAUUGAAAAGAGUAACAAAAAUAUUACUGAAAAGCUCUGAAGUUAGAAUCUUAUCGAAUGUCAUCCAUUUAAAAGCUGUAUAUGAACUUGGGAAAGGCUUUUCAAUUAACAGAUGGAUCAGAAAACAUUAUGAUAUUCCUGCUAGAACAAUAGAGUUGUAUGGAGGUGAGUUUAGAGGAAAAAGAAUAAUGACAAAUGAUGACCUUCGAACUAUCAUUUAUGAAGGAGAAAUAGAAGAAUGGAAGAAGAAAUUUGAUGAAGAGCGUGCAUUGCUAGUGUUAAAACAAAAAGGAGGUAACAUAGCAAUUCACAAGGAGACUCCACGUGAACAUGCAAAGAGAAUAAUUCUCACGGUAGCCAAGCAACUUUUCUAUUAUUUACUAGGAUGAAGAAUACUAAAUUUAUUGUGUGUAUAUGACAGUAUGUGUGUGUACAAAUACACAUUAUGAUGAAAUUUUAAUUACAUGUUUGGGUUAAUCAACAUAAUAAUAAUAAUAAUAAUAAUAAUAAUAGUAAUAAUAAUAAUAAUAAUAACUUUUUCUCUUACUAUCUCAUCAAUCUCUCAA